CCGCCCUUUGGCCUUCCGAAGCCAUCCGACGAAACCGCCAGGUCAAAUCCACCGCCGACCACCGACCCUUUCGGCCUGCCGCAGACACGUUCCACUGACUGCCACUGCCCGUUUGGGCCUGGCUUACUCGUCUACCACGCUCGUUCGUGUCAAGCCUACCUCGCAUUUGCUGCUGCUGCUCUGCUCUGCUUGCUCUCUUGCUUGCGAAACGCACCUCCACGAGCGCCUGCUGCCGUCUCGCCACACAUCCGGAGCGCAGCCAACAUGCAGGCCUCCGAACGAGCUCGCGAGCUGGAGCGGGUCUAUCAACAGCGUCGUGGUCACGGUUCUCACAUUUCCAUCAGCGAUGACAAUCACCACGUAACCGAAGCCAUUCAAGAUCUCUACGGUCGUGACGACGAUUACAACAUGAAGCGCAAUUCACGUCCCCUCAGUUUUAUUACUAGCCCCUUGGGCGAUAGCCUCGAGAGCGCAUUUCAGCCCUUCGAUCCCUUCCCCAACGCUCCCCCGAAAUCUCCUCUGCGCGCCCAGAUGAGCCACUCCCCCAAAGAUGCACCCCGGAGUCCCACAAGCCCUACGAGUCCCAAAGAGCGACCUACGAUGCUCAACAGGCGAACGUCAUCUAACCAGAGUAACAUGAACGGCGGCCUGGCCUCGCCACCCUUGUCGAGGACAAACUCGGAUACCGCGUCGCAACAAUUCCCUCUCAAUGACUUGGACUAUGAAUCAAGUGCAGCGGGCUUAGCCCAGGAAUUGAGCAAUUUGCAGGCCAUUAGACGCAUGUCCAUGGAUGUGAAUACCGCCGACCCCGAUCUCCCCUCAUUCAAAUCAUACGGUUCUGCGACUGUUCCUCCCCAGCAUUUCUCCGAGGAUGAAGACCCAUCCAAGCUUUUCUGGGUUCCUGCACGGCUUCACCCCGAACUUGCACCCAAGGAAUUCAAGACGUUCAUCGAGGAGAAAGUAGAUACCAUCAGGCGCCGAUCCGGAGAUUCGGAUACUCUGUCUCCUGAUGGCGCUCUCGGACGCCAAGCCUCGGGUGGCGGGCUGCGACGCAAAAAGUCCAUGCUAUCGCGGCAGAUCGACAAUGGUAGUGGAUAUCGUGACGGUGCAGAUCGUUUGGAAAGACAGCGUUCCGAUGCCCAUGGAGAGAAUGGACCACUACCCCAGUUGCAGGAAUUGGAGAACAUAGUCGAAGAUCCCGCCUCUUUGGUCCGGCGAAUGAGCGUAGACACCACUAAGAGAAGCUCCGUUACCGAUGGUGAAGGGGACGAGGACGUGCCCAUUCUUCCAGGGAAGGUGGCAGGGCUGGGAACUCUGAAGCGGUCAACACGCACGAAUUACAGAAGGGGUAGUAUCCGCGGCAAAGAGCGGGUGCCCUUUUCACGGCGGGCCGCUAUGGCCAAUGCACAGAAUCUUGGUGAGGACGACCAAUCUGCCCCUGGACCUCCGCGCAAGGAGUCAGAGUUCACGCUCGAGAGAGUGCAAUCUGAGCCGCCGGAGAACUUCUCUCGUCCUACGCGGAAAAGAUCACCGCCGCUCAUGUCUGCCAAGUAUGGUUCAUCCGAUGAUGUAUCUAGGAUGGAAUCUCCCGAACCGCCGGUAGAAGAGCAACGACGACCCCAACAGAAGCCAUUCCAUUCGCGGAUUGCAUCCAACGGCCGGACAACAGCUCCUUUGCCAGGUUACGUACCACCACCCUCUGUACCGCAGAUUGUAGAAACACCUCCACCCCCGGAAAAGCUACGGAAGGCGCCCUUGCAACUCCCUGAACGCAACUCGUCGAGACAAGCAGCUCCAAAUGCCCAACCUCCGCAGAUUCAACCCCAAGCAUCAUCGCAACCCAAUGGACCUCGUCAGCCUCCACCCCAACAACAGCGCCCCGGCUCUUCUGGCCGUCUUAAUCGGCAUGCGCAAGCUUCUCAGGCAUCUCCCAUCCAACCUGCUCAAAGCUUUGAUGAUCUCAUUGGACAACCUAAUGCACUUCCCGUCAACAGCAACAGGGUUGAUUCGCUUACGAUUAUACCCAGCAUGGACGAGAAGAAGUCUGAGAAGAAGUCAAAGGACAAGAAGGAUUCGGAGGGCGGCUCGAGAAAAACAAGUUGGGGCUGGCUGCGUGGUAGCGAUGACAAGGAGCGCGAUAAGAAAGACAAGGAAGAACGAGAAAAGGAGAUGGCCAAGAAGGUUAAGAAUAAGCUCAGCAAGACGCAGGAAAAGCCUCACGAUGAUACAAGACUGGACGUGCUACAGCACGCUGGCCGGGGUCGUGAGAGUGUGGUGCUAGAUCGGGAGAGUGUCAAGCUCGAGGAAGAGCGGAGAAAGGAGAGCUCGAGAAAGUCUGGAACUCCCGAGGGGAAGAAGGAGAAAGAGUCUGGUCUGUUCUCGUCCAUUUUUGGUGGGAGCAAGAAGAAGAGCGAGAAGGAGUCCUCCCAUAAGAAGGGCAAUUCCAUGCGAGGAUUAUCCCCUGAGCCGCCGCCACGGAUCUUGAAACCCGACAUCGACUACAAUUGGACUCGGUUUUCCAUCCUGGAAGAGCGUGCCAUUUAUCGCAUGGCCCAUAUCAAGCUCGCCAAUCCCCGCCGCGAACUGUACUCUCAAGUCCUGCUGAGUAACUUCAUGUAUUCCUAUCUCGCCAAAGUGCAACAGAUGCAUCCGCAAAUAUCCAUUGGCAACUCUGCCCAGGCUAAACAACACCAACGGCAAGCUGCCCAACAGAAGAAGGAACAGCAGCAGGCGCAGCAGCAGCAGCAACAACAGGCGCAACAACCGGAUGAGUUCACACAAUAUCAGCGUUAUCAACAGCAGCAGCACGAGCAGCAAUCAGACGGUCAGGGUGGGUACGCUAAUAACCAAUACCAGCAAGGGAAUGGAAGCUCGGAAUCCCUCAACGAUGACAAUCAUUACCAACAACAGCAGCAGCAGCAAUACAGCAACAACCAGCGAGAUCCCAGGGACUCGCAUCACUCCAACUACGGCAACAACCCGAACAACGGGUACAGCGUAGCCAACAGUCAGAGCUACAUGGGCCAACAGAAAGAUUCAAGAGGAUACUAUGACGAUUCCGAUCGAAGUGAUCGGGAUGACGAUAUGUGGUGA